AUGUCCGCCUCUUGCCCGUCGUCUUCCGUCCACAGUGCGUCGCCGCUAUCCGCGUCGGCCAUCGUCGCCCAUGCCGAUUCCGGGUCGCACAUCCUCAAGAUCGACGGCAACUCCCGCACCAAGGGCCUUGGUAAUGGUAAAUUUAUCAAAUUCGGAAAGUUUGACGAGGGAGGCCACCGCUGGUGUGUGAUGUACUAUCCUGAUGGCAACGUCUCAGACACCACCGAUUGUAUAUCCAUCUAUCUACGUCUCGAACACGGCGAUGAUGCCAAUGAAGUCAAGGCACAGUACAGGCUCAGUUUACUUGGCCAAGACAUGCAACCAGUGCCGGCGUACAGCUUCCAGAGCAACCAGAUCCGCACCUUCUCCAGCAAAGAUCGAUCAUGGGGAUACACUAAAUUCAUCAAGUGGAAGGACUUAGAGGAAUCCCUCCACCUCAGGGAUGACGUUUUCAGCAUCCGGUGCGAUGUCACCAUGCCAAAGGAGAUCAUCACCGAGCCCACAGCGCCGGCCAUUGCGGUGCCACUAUCUGACAUCACAAAACAUCUUGGCCAGGUCCUAUUGUCCGGUGAUGCUGCCGAUGUUACUUUUGAUGUCGGCAGAGAGACAUUCGCCGCACACCGGUGCAUACUCGCCGCUCGGUCACCGGUCUUCAAGGAGGAGCUUCUCGGUUCGAUGAAGGAGAAGGAAGCAGAUUGUGUAAAGAUUGAGGACGUGGAAGCUAAAGUGUUCAAGGCUCUUCUACACUUCAGCUACACCGACUCGCUGCCUGAGAUGGACAAGGAUGAAACGGCAGCAGUGGCUCAACAUUUGCUUGUAGCAGCAGACAAGUACAACAUGGACAGGCUGAAACUGAUUUGUGAGGACAAGCUGUGUAGCCGCAUCUGCAGCAGCACGGUCGGGACAACGUUGGCGUUAGCUGAGCAGCAUGGUUGUGGCGCACUCAAGGAGGCUUGUUUGAACUUCCUCGUUGCUCCGGGAAACCUAAAGGCGGCCAGGGCAUGUCAGGGCUUUGAUCACCUGACGCGAAGUUGCCCUUGUGUUCUUGAGGAGCUGGCCGCCACUCCUUGA